AUGGGUAAGCACCAUGUCGCUUCUCAGCCUGGCGCUUCAGCUCACAGCCUCUGCAGCAUUUAUAAAGAAAUCGGCCCCGGUCAACGCAUUGCCGUGAGCAAACUCGCCGCCGAACACUACAUUCAGCACUCGCGUCCAUUCCGUCUCGCCAUCGACAUCAGCAUCUGGCUGUUUCAGAUCCAAUCCGGCAAAGGUGGCACCAAUCCUGCUCUGAGAACUUUCUACUAUCGCCUCUUGCGCCUGCUGUCCCUCAACAUCCACCCGCUGUUCGUCUUCGAUGGUCCUAACAAGCCCACCUGGAAACGAAACAAGAAGGUCGGAGGUCCGAACGUCAGAGUGUCUAGCGUACCCGAGUUUUUGGCUAAGCAACUUCUCAAACACUUUGGUUUUCCUCUCCAUUAUGCCCCUGGUGAAGCCGAGGCAGAAUGUGCUCUUCUACAGCGAGAGGGCAUCGUCGAUGCCGUUCUCAGUGAAGAUGUCGAUACUUUGAUGUUCGGCAGUGGAAUGACCUUGCGAAGCUGGACCCCAGAACAAAAGAGUAGUAAAACACCCACCCACGUCAACGUAUACCGAGCCGAUGCCACAAAGGAAUCCAGUGGUCUGGAUCGUAAUGGCAUGAUUCUUGUUGCCAUGAUGAGCGGAGGUGACUACAUUACCGAAGGUAUUCCUGGAUGUGGUCCCAAGUUAGCUUGUGAGGCAGCAAGAGCUGGAUUUGGAAAUGAGCUGUGCAACCUCGACAGAAAAGAUACUGAUGGACUCAACGCCUGGAGAGACAAGCUGCGUCAUGAGAUCCGCACCAACGAAAGCAAGCAUUUUCGUCAGAAGCGCCCUGGUCUGACCAUCCCAGACACGUUUCCUGAUCAGAAGGUUCUUAGCUACUAUACCCAUCCAUGCAUCUCGACACCAGAUAAAAUCGCCAAACUCAAGGAUACCCUCAAGUGGGACAUGCCACUAGACUAUCCAAGUCUUCGAGACUUUGCAGGAGAUGCCUUCGACUGGCGUUGUAUUGGUGGCGCAAAAAAGUUUAUCCGCAACCUCGCCCCUGCUGUGCUUGUCCGAGAGCUCAGAAUGCGAGGUGAGGCUGCAGAUAGUAAUGGAAUUGGUCUGUCGGCACAGAAGGCCAGAGAAGCGACUCUAAUCAAUGCCAUUCACGGCAAACGCUUACAUCCAACGACCGACAACAUUCCCGAGCUGAGAAUCAGCUUCAAGCCCAUUGAGCUGAUCGACAUCGAUCUCAGCAUCGAAGACCCUGAUGAAGAAAUUCCCGAAGAUGAGGAUCAAUCUGAUUCGGAGCCAUCGCCAACUGAGGAUGGUGAAUGUCCUGGUUCACCAAAAAAGAAGCGAGGUCCAUCAACAUACGACCCGACUGUGCACGACAAAGUAUGGCUUCUCGACACAUUCGUACGCCUUGGUGCACCGCUCAAGGUCCAAGAUUGGGAGGCUGGUGCUGGCGCACCCAAAUCGAGACCUCCCCCACGACCUCGUAAAGCUAACUCCAACGAUACAAUAGCAAGUCGCAAACCCGUGGCAACAACGAAGACUGGCGGUAUGCAAAGAGGUGCCUUGGAUCAAUUCACCAAGGCCACCAAGCCUGGUGUUGAUCGUACAGUACAGUCCAAGUCUAGAUCUUCAGAAUCUCGGAAAACAUCUCAACCUCCAGAAAUAGUCGACCUUCUUUCGUCAUCCCCUGCAAAACCAGCUUCACCCAAAGCAGCACCAACGCGAUCUUUUGACAUGAAAGACCAUUUCAAGCAGUUCAGCCAACCUGCAGUAGUUUCUGCCCAAGUUGACCACGACAUCGCCGCGCCUUUGCCUGAUACAGUGACGAGAAGGCGAAAACGGUCACCUCUGAAACGUCAUCAGACAGCACCAACUACAGGUGGCGACGACAUGGGGUCGCCUUCGUUACGACCCUCCACUCCUCGAGGUUUCGAUAUUGAGGCUAUUGACUUGGCUUCUCCAGAGUCAUUGCCAAGUCUACCUAGGUUCGGCGCGAAUCAGCGAGUCUCUGAUCAGAUGCGAGAAGCAGCGACGACGACUCGAGUGUCGAGAGAUCUAUCGCCUGGCAGGCACAGAAGACAUCCGAAAAUGGCAACCUCCAAGACGUACGCCGAUCUGGGUUGUCACUGUCACUAG